AUGGCUUCAGACGCUGUUGUUUCAAGCAUCAAAGUGAUGAACCAGGAUCUUGUCAAGUUAGAUCGAUUUGAUGGAACAAAUUACACAAGAUGGCAAGACAAGAUGACAUUCCUAUUGACUGCCCUGAAGGUUCACUAUGUUCUUGAUCCCGACCUACAACCAAUACCUGAACCAACAGAAAAUGAUUCGGAAGAACUCAAGAAGGAGCGCAAGAAACGCAAGGAGGACGAACUGCUUUGCCGUGGACACAUUCUGAAUACUUUAUCUGAUCGUCUCUACGACCUCUACACAGACAAUCCAUCGGCAACAGAAAUAUGGAAGGCACUAGAAUUCAAGUUCAAGGCUGAAGAGGAAGAUUCUAAGCCCAUUCUUCCCCAAGUGCAUGAAUUGCAAGUUCUGGUCAAUAAAAUAAAGGCAGUAAAAAUAGACAUCCCUGAGACCUUCCAAGUCGGUGCAAUUAUUGCAAAAUUACCACCUUCAUGGAAAGGCUACCGAAAGAAAUUGUUGCACAGUUCCGAGGACUUCUCCUUGGAGAAAAUUCAGAAACAUCUUCGAAUCGAGGAGGAAUCGAAGGAGAGGGAGAAAUCAGAACCCCCUACUCAUUUCAAAACAAACGCUGUGACCAACAAGGGAAAGAAGAGACAUGAUGGCAUAAAGAGUCAUCUUGGACCAAAGAAAGAACAUAACAAGUUCAAGAACUCUGGCGGUCAUAAAGGUCCAAAGAACGGAUGUUUCGUAUGCGGUAAACCUGGACACUAUGCUCGAGAUUGCAGACAAAAUAAAGCAAAAAAUGAGAUCAAUGCAAUUCGAUCAGAUGAUGACAUAAUUGCUACAGUGAGCGAAAUUAUGGCAAUCAAAGGAAAAGUUCAAGGUUGGUGGUAUGACACUUGUGCUACGGUGCAUGUUACUUAUGACAAGGCUGCAUUCAAAACCUAUUCUGAAGCAAUUGAUGGACAAGAGGUACAAAUGGGAAAUGAAGUCCGCUCUAAAGUUGUUGGAACCGGUUCGGUCGAACUUAACUUCACUUCUGGAAAGAAAGUUACCCUUGAUUUCAAAAAAUGUGAAUUAUGUGUUGAAUCAAAAAUGAUUAAGAAGCCUUUCAAAAGUGUUGAAAGGAAAACGAAAUUACUUGAUCUUGUGCACUCAGAUUUGUGCGAAUUUAAUGGCAUGUUGACACGUGGAGGGAAUAGAUACUUUAUUACAUUCAUAGACGAUUCCUCUAGAUACACUCAUGUAUAUCUCUUAAAGCAUAAAGAUGAUGCAUUUAAUGCCUUUAAGACUUAUAAAGCAGAAGUCGAAAAUCAAUUAAAUAAAAGUAUAAAGGUCCUUAGAAGUGAUAGGGGCGGCGAAUACUUUUCAAUUGAUUUUGAUGCAUUCUGUGAAGAGCACGGCAGAGCGCCAAAUAUCGGUUACUUUAAAGUGUGGGGGUGUGUGGCAUACUACAAAAACAUGGACCCUAAAAGUACCAAGUUGGGUCCUCGAGGAAUAAGAUGUGCUUUUGUAGGAUAUGCACAACACAGUAAAGCAUAUAGACUCUUAAAUCUAGAAUCUAAUGUAAUUGUUGAAUCCCGGGAUGUAGAAUUCUUUGAAAACCUUAUCACAAAGGAUAAAGGAUCGGAGUCGGCCACUAAUAAAGAAUCUCAUGAAGAUAACUCUUCUCGGAUUGUAGAAAUACAAACUGAAGGCACUCCUAUAAUCAUUGAACCACAACCCGAGCCUAGGAUAAGCAAGAGAAUUCGGAAAACAAAGAAUCUAGGACCAGAUGAGAUUGAUUCUCAAUCUAUUUCCUUUUAUCUUGUUGAGGGAAAUUCAUCUUUGAAUGAUCUUAUAAUCCAUCAGAUGGAUGUUAAAACAGCGUUCCUAAAUGGAGAUCUCGAUGAGGAAAUCUACAUGGAACAACCGGAAGGCUACCUGCUUCCUGGAAAUGAACAAAAGAUAAUUCUCUUGCUUCCUACUUGUACACAAGAUUUGAACAUGUAUACAAUGCAUGCGUCUUUUUAG